AUGUCGUUCUGCACAUGGCACGGAAAUCAGAUCUUCUUCUCGUCCUUCGGCGUUGAGGGUUUGGUGAUGGAGAAGCAGCAGCAGUGGCAGUGCUGUGGGAGAUCCAGCGCAGAGUCCAAUGGAGAUCCGACAGGCGCCCUGCUGUUGUCGUGUAAAUUACAGAUCCUCGCUCGAAGGAUGGUGGAACUGUUUGAGGCGGCCAGCAGCAUAUCUUCCGGAUUUGGCCGGAAGGAGACGUGCCGAACUCGGCUGCAACAAGACAUACAGCAGUCUAUGCAGGUGGCCUGCUUUACUUGGACUGGAUCUUCUAUGAAUGGAUUGGGAUGCCGGAGCAGUGAUGCUGAUCUGGUCUUGGUCAUCAAGGGAAAUAAAAGACAUGAUCCUAUUCAUGUACUCUCUGUCCUGCAAAGGUUGUUCAAAUCACUGUCAUAUGUAGAGAGGACUCAGCUGAUCAGAGCCAAAGUGCCGAUCCUCAGGUUCAGAGAGAAGGGCAGUGAUUUGGAGUUUGAUCUGAAUAUCAACAACACAGUGGGCAUCAGAAACACAUUCCUCCUGAGGAGUUAUGCCUUUGCUGAUCUCAGGAUAAGACCCAUGAUCCUUGUUGUCAAGAAAUGGGCACGACACAAUCAAAUCAAUGAUGCCAGCAAAGGAACGUUGAGCAGCUACACACUGGUGCUGAUGGUGCUGCACUACCUCCAGACUCUUAAUGAACCGGUCCUACCCUCUCUACAGAGGGACUAUCCAGAGUGGUUUAAUCCCUUUAUGGACAUUGACAUGGUUCCAGAGGGACCCAAACAUGUCCCCCCCUACAUCUCAAGAAACCAGUCCUCACUGGGAGAGCUGCUUCUGGGCUUUCUCAAAUACUAUGCCACACACUUCAGGUGGGAUAAGCAGGUGAUCUCUGUUCGAGAGGCCAGAGCUUUGCCUAAGAACAAUUCCCAAGAGUGGAGAAACAAAUACAUAUGUGUGGAAGAGCCAUUUGAAAGAAAUAACGUCGCCAGAGCAGUCCAUGAGAAGAUCAAGUUUGAUGCCAUUAAAGCUCAGUUUGCUGAGUCAAGUCGGAUACUACAACAGAGGAAGGACCUGAACUCGAUCCUCCCAGUCAGAGCCAUCAUUACGAAGGAGUCAUCCAGGAGAUAAGGGAUUCCUCUAAUUAGAAGAGCUGACGGGAGUCUUCUACCUCAAGACAGGCCUGUCCCCAGAAACGAAGAGCGACCUUUGGGGUUUGCUGAGAGAGAAGUCUUGCUGCCUCUGCACUUCACAGCCAGAAAGACUGCAGGACUCUGAAUGCUCUGGCUGCAUAGGUAUCAGCCACAUACUGUAUGUCCCGCAGCAGUACGUAUUGAAAAUACUGCACUUACUUUCAAAUGCUUUGCAGACUUUGCCAAUCUUUUGUAAUUAUUUCAACUGAUAAUGAAAAAAGGCAUUAUUUGUGUAGUGACACCAGAGGAAUCUGAAAUUAAAAUCUUAAAGUCACAUAAACUGGUAACAGAGAGAUGCUGCACUGAAGCAGGAUAAUAAUGGUCAGUAUUAUUAGAGAUGGUUAUUGCUGCUCCUUCCCAGGGCAAAUAGCAUUCCUAGUAAGAAGUUAAGUAUACUGACAAAGUAUGAAAAGACAAAAUAAUACCUGUGACCUGCUCAUUUGUGAAGCUGGCCUAAAUGGAAGCAACAGUGUUUAGGUUGGAAAGGUCUCAACCAAGUUGAUGUCGUCUAAUCUGUUUUAGUUAUAUCGAUACUGCACAGAGUCUGCUUUGAAGGUAUCCAUAGGUUUCUGUUUCUGCCACACACACACACA